AUGAGGACUCAUCGGUUAGAAAAUAAAUAUGCCGUAAGAGGAUAUGAUGGCAAGACUGCGACCCCGAUAACUCAUGCCAUCAUAUUUACGCUCAUUGUGAAUGGAUAUCGUCAGCUAGACGUGCCAUUCCUCAUUAUUAAUUUAGGCAAGCAUAAUAUGAUCCUAGGGAGGAUAUGGUUUGCAAAGCACAAUAUUCUUGUGGACUAUGCAAAGAAGCGACUGUUAUGGCCAGAGGAAGUCUCUUUGAAGGAUGAGAUUAUUAUUAAGGGAUACACCCCAGAGGAAAAACUAGAAAAAGAGGAAAUCAGGAAAAAGCUACCAGCUUACCUGAAAGACUUUGUGGAUGUCUUCUCCAAGCAUGAAUCGGAUAAGUUGCCUCUGUACCGGCCUUAUGACUAUAAAAUUGAGUUGGAAAAUCCGAACAAGUUAAGUUACAACCCUCUCUAUAAGAUGUCGGGAGAUAAACUGGAAGCAGCGCGAGAGUAUAUUAUCAACAACCUGAAUAAAGGAUUCCUUGAGCCCAGUAGCUCGAGCACCAUUUGCAGUACUGAUUAUCAUGGCAUCGAAGCCGGGAGGAGGAUUGCUGAGAACAUGGUAGAAUAUCAGAUUCACAUAAAAAUGGUAUUGGAACGACUCCGAGCCACUAGAUUACAAGCAGCAAUUCACAAGUGCGAAUUCAGUGUGGAAUAA